CGUAAAAAAAAAUUUGUUGAACUCUCCAACUUUUCCAGUAGUAAUUUUUGUUGGACCGGUACCAUACCAUAAUGCCACUGGAAGUCAGCGUAGCUCCCAACGAGCGGAAGCGAGAGAGAAAGCGACGCGUGAAGAAGGAGAAGCCGAAGGCUUCGAUCAGUCGGCGGGCCUUCCUUCGCUUGGCCGAGGAGGAAGCUUGCUCCAUGUACGCGGGUCCCAGGGAGCCACCUCCUAUGCCGAAGAGGAAGCGGCCUCUUGAGUCACAAGCCAAGCCCCAAAACUCGAUUGAAGAGCAGAACACGGCGCAGCCGAAACGGAGUCGACUUUACCCAUUCGGUGAUAUUCUAGGGUCUGAACUGGAGACAUCGGAAGCACCCUUUGACAGAGGAUUAGUUCCAGCUGUGGAACCAAUCGCUGAACCAGUUUUGGAACCAAUCGAGCAAACAUUCUCCCGAUUACCGGAACAACGCAACGAGGAACUACUACCGGAAACAGUAUCGGAUAUUUUCGACUCAAUUUGGCCAGAGUUCGAGGACCCUGCAUGGGGCUGGGAUGCGAAUCUAGUGCCACCGUCUCCCACGAUGCAUAACCAAGGUGAGAUGCCCGAUGCCCAUUUUCAAACACAAUUCGAUGCCAUGCAACCCAACAACAACUACAACAGCGGUCAAAAUCAAUCAUUACACGAUUUACUUGACUCUUUGUGUCCUUCCACACCGAACUUUGACCACGUUCCACCGAUGCAACCGAUCAAUCAGAGCUUCGACUAUAUGUCCUCGCGUCCUUGCAAUCCAGCAAGCGCCCCACCCAUGACACAGGCGUUCAAUCAACCAUGGGAAACUGAAUCGAAUAUGUUCGAGCCAACAGUAGAUCAGAGUUGGAACUAUUCCUCCUAUCUACAGCCCACAUUCCGCAACAAUCACAGGCAACCUUUGCCUUUAUGCCCCUCCGAUCAUAGCUUUCGUGGCUUUCGAGAAGUUCCUUCAGCAGGCUAUCAAAGCUGGGACUACGGAAACCAUCUGCAGCAUGGAGCACGGCCACAUAGCACCAUGGCUCCGGAUGUUGCACGUCACACUCAGUCCAGCUGGAAGUCUGACUUUAAAAUAGAUUUCAAUAACGUAGAACCACCAAUAACCAAUCCUAUGGAUAGCCCAAGAGCUGAAAAUCCAAUCAAUGUGACACAAGUUCGUCACAGCAGGAAUAAUCCACCGGAUCUCCUACCAAUGCCCCGCGUACCGAAAACUUUUGUGAGACCAGCAGACAAUCGUAUGCCAUUGGGACCAUCUAAUCAGCAAGAUACUGGGCCACCAUUCCCUUCAUCUGUACCAAAGCCCACUACACGCGUGAGACCAGCAGAUAAACCAUAUUCCGAUAGGAGCUGUGCAACAGGACAGGCCUUCUCUAUGAAGAAACCCACUGACAGCUGGAGCUCUUGGCUGGAAAGAGAGCUUGAUCAAUCCUCCACGGUAGCACCGAUUAAACGUGUGGCACCGGUGGCCAAUCCUGUGACUGUUCAAAAACCCAAUCAGAGCUGCAACACCACAGUCUUAAGCAAUCAGAACUCCGACUCUGGCCUCGUAAAGAUACCAAAAAUUCACGUGAGACCAGCAGACAAUGCGAUUCCGAUUCAGACCGGGAACUCUGCCUCCAAAAUCCAGAUUACUAAUGUAUCAGCGCCUACUUUACCCAUGAAACCAGCAGCACAAUCCCAAAAACAACCCAUGGCUAUCCCCAAACCUGUCGAAAAGCAGAUUGAGCGUGGAACAACUCUCCAGGCACCUAUCAAACCCCCUGUAACUCGUCUGAAAGCAGCAAAAACCCCGAUUCAGAACUGCGCGACUGGCAUCAAAAUUCAGCUUGAAAAUGGCGCACAGAUCGACAUACCCCAGGUACUCCCGGUUGCCCCUGUAAUACCACCGGAAAAACAACCCAUGGCUAUCCCCAAACCUGUCGAAAAGCAGAUUGAGCGUGGAACAACUCUCCAGGCUCCCAUCAAAGCCCCUGUAACUCGUCUGAAAGCAGCAAAAACCCCGAUUCAGAACUGCGCCUCUGGCAUCAAAAUUCAACUUGAGAAUGGCGCACAGAUCCACAUACCCCAGGUACUCCCGGUUGCCCCUGUAAUACCACCGGAAAAACAACCCAUGGCUAUCCCCAAACCUGUCGAAAAGCAGAUUGAGCGUGGAACAACUCUCCAGGCUCCAAUCAAAGCCCCUGUAACUCGUCUGAAAGCAGCAAAAACCCCGAUUCAGAACUGCGCGACUGGCAUCAAAAUUCAGCUUGAAAAUGGCGCACAGAUCGACAUACCCCAGGUACUCCCGGUUGCCCCUGUAAUACCACCGGACAAAUCGAUGAGUAGACCAAAAUCACACCAGAGCGGGCCUAAAGCACCCGAAAAGCCAAUAGAUAAUGGGAAAACGCCCCAUCCGACUGUACCAAAGCCCAUUAUUCGAGUGGGACCAGCACAAAAUCGGAUUCCAGUGGCGAAAUGUGGCUCCAAAACUCAGAAGAACAAUGUGGCAGCACCCGCGGUACCUUUGAAACCAGGCGGACAGCUAGUAUCUGUGCAAAAACAACCCAUGGCUGUGCAGAAACCCUCUCUCAACCUGAACACUGGCCAGGUACCCAUCAAAACCCCCAUUACCCGAGUGCAAACAGCAAAUACUCCGGCUGUUAUGCCAAAGGCUGCGCAGAUCCCGAGCUCUGGCAUCAACAUGCAGCUCGAGAAUGGGGCAACGAUCCACAUACCGCCCAUACAGAUACCGUCCACGCCUACCCCUGCAGCCAUACCGGCAGCCAAUCCGCAGCACAUACCAAGAGGACAGUCCCUGAGCAAGCCGCCAGCCCUGUGUCCGGCACAGGGGACGUUCAACGGGCAGCAGAGACCGAUGAUUACCGUCAUAAAGGGGGACCAUGGCGAGGACAUACACGUGUCCUUUGUGACGGGACCCGAUGGCUUGGUCACACAGGUGAAGAGGUUGCCGCCGAAUGUGGCGGCAGGUUGCUUCACCGGCGGCCUGCCGCAGCUGGAGCCGAUCACAACGAACGAAGUGCAACAGAUCCUGCAGGCCCCCAACUCGUAUACGACCCUGCACGGACCCGUUAGCGGACCCGUCGGCCUUCGCGGUGCCACGGGCCCCGACCAUGCCGUCGAGGACGAGGAGGUGGACUACGAGGAGAUCGGUGUGGCCGAGACCUUCGCCGAGUACUGGCCCACGAAGCUCAAGCACGGCGUGGCCCAUCCCGAUGCCGUCGUGGAGACGGCCACCCUCUCGUCGGUGGAGCUGCCGGACAUCACCUACGACCUGUCGCUGCCGCCCCACUUCCAGAUCUCCGGCAGCCUGAGCGCCUUGCAGCUGGAGGCCGUCUUCUAUGCGUGCCAGGCCCAUGAGCGGAUCCUGCCGAGCGGCGAGCGGGCGGGCUUCCUGCUGGGCGAUGGCGCCGGCGUCGGCAAGGGCCGGGCCAUCGCGGGCAUCAUCUACAACAACUAUCUGAAGGGUCGCAAGCGUGCCCUCUGGAUCUCCGUAUCGAAUGACCUCAAGUUCGAUGCGGAACGGGAUCUGCAGGACAUCGGUGCGGGCUCCAGGAUCAAGGUGGCGGCCCUGAACAAGCUCAAGUACUGUCGCAUCGACUCCGAGGAGAACGGCCGGUUCCGGAAGGGCGUCAUCUUCUGCACGUACACGGCUCUGAUCGGGGAGUCGAUGACGGCCAACUCCAAGUACCAGGCGCGUCUCCGGCAGCUGAUCCAGUGGCUGGGCCACAAUUUCCAAGGCGUCAUCGUGUUCGACGAGUGCCACAAGGCCAAGAAUCUGACGACGGGGAAUGGGGGCAAGUCGACGAAGACGGGCGCCACGGUGCUGGAGCUGCAGCAGCGGCUGCCCCUCGCUCGGGUCAUCUACGCCUCGGCUACGGGCGCCAGUGAGCCCAAGAAUAUGGCCUACAUGACCCGGCUGGGGCUGUGGGGUCCCGGCACUGCCUAUCCGGAGCUGGGGGACUUCGUGUACGCCGUGGAGAAGCGGGGCAUUGGAGCCAUGGAGCUGGUGGCCAUGGAUAUGAAGCUGCGCGGCACCUACAUCGCCCGCCAGCUGAGCUUCAAGGAUGUGACCUUCCGCAUCCAGGAGGUCAACAUGCAGCCGUCCUUCACGAAGGUCUACAACCAGGCGGCCGAGCUCUGGGCGGAAAUCAGCAAGAAGUUCACGAAGGCCUGCCAGCUGAUGAACGUCGACAGUCGGGUGCAGAAGAUGAUCACGUGCCAGUUCUGGUGCGCCCACCAGCGCUUCUUCCGCAACAUGUGCAUCGCCUCCAAGGUGAACAUGGUCGUCAAGAUGACCCGCCAUGCCAUACGCCACGGCAAGUCGGUGGUCAUUGGCCUCCAGUCGACGGGGGAGACGCGGACACUGGAGCAUCUGGAGCGGAACAACGGCAAGCUGACGUCCUUUGUGUCCACCUCGAAGAUGAUCAUCCAGUCGUUUGUCGAGAAACACUUUCCCGCGCCCAAGCGGGAGGCCUUCAUCGAGCUGGUCGCCACGGGGGAGUUCGUCCCGGAGAUGCGCUCCCAGCCGCCGCGUCCCAAGAAGCCCAAACCCACGCACAUCGACUGGAUGGAGGACGCGGAUGAUUGCUCCGAGGACAGCGACAUGGAGAUCCUCCAGGAGUGCUGGCCCCCGGUCGCAGAGGAGGCCAACGUGAAGGCGGGACGCAAGCGACGGGGCAGGCCCAAAAAGACCGACAAGGUGGAAAGGUUGAGCAUUCAGGAUCGCAUCCUGCAGCAUUUGCACGAGAACAUGAUGUUCCAAAGGAAUGAUGACCCAAAGGAAGUGCCGCAGCAGCCGCAAAUCACCGAGCGUGACGUCACACGCUGCAUCCUGAUGAAGGAACAGCUGCUGGAGAAGAUCGAGGUGCUGGGCCGCCACCUGCCACCCAACACCCUGGACAAGCUCAUCUCGAAGCUGGGCGGCACGAGCAAAGUGGCCGAAAUGACGGGCCGCCGGGGUCGUGUCAUCUGCCAGUCGCGCACUGCCUUCCGCUACGAGUCGCGGGUGGAGGCGGACACCACCAUGGAUCUCGUCAACUACAGGGAGAAGCAGCGCUUCAUGGAGGGCGAGAAGUACGUGGCCAUCAUCUCGGAGGCCGCCUCCAGCGGCAUCUCCCUGCAGAGCGACAAGCGGGUGUUGAAUCAGCGCCGACGCCUGCACAUCACCCUGGAGCUGCCGUGGAGCGCCGACCGAGCCAUCCAGCAGUUCGGACGCACCCAUCGCUCCAACCAGGUCAACUCGCCGGAAUAUGUGUUCGUCAUCACGAAUCUGGCUGGGGAGCGACGCUUCGCCUCCACCGUGGCCAAGCGCUUGGAGAGCCUGGGCGCCCUGACCCAGGGCGAUCGCCGGGCCACCGAUGCCCGGGAUCUCUCACAGUUCAACAUCGACAACGCCAUCGGCCGGAACACGCUGGAGCAUGUGAUGCAGCAGAUGGCGGGUGAGCGGAUGUUGACCGUGAAGCACAUACCCGAGUCCUACGAGGGCAACUUCCACGACGACUGUGCCACGGCCCUGGCAGGCGUGGGGCUACUCUCAAUGCGGAAGGAGAACAACCGGAAGAUCUUCAGCGUGGAGAAGGACUGCAACAACAUCGCAAAGUUCCUCAAUCGCAUUCUCGGCUGUCGCGUGGAGAUACAGAACGCCAUCUUCAAGUUCUUUUUGGGGAACAUGUACUCGCUGAUUACGCAGAUGAAGCGAGCGGGCCGCUUCGAUCUGGGGAUACUCGACCUGGACGCCCACGGGGCCAGUGUGACGUCCUUGAAGCUGAUGCGAUUCACGAGGCAACAUGCCACAGGGACGGCGGCCACGGAACUCCAUACGGUGAAGGUGGAGCGGGGCAUGUCCUUCGAGCAGGCGCUAGCCAAAUUCCGCAGGGAGGCCAAGGACCCGCACGAAGGAUUCUACAUCCUCAAGCAGAAGAGACGCAACAAGACCAACGCCGUCCUGUGCCUCAAUGGCCAAAUGGUUAACUGCCUGGUGAACACACGCAAAGAGUCCACCCCGAGUCCCGUGUUUCUGCAGCUGUACCGCCCCAACACCGGACCCCAGGUGAAGACCGAGAAUCUCACCUCGAUUACCCAGCGCUACGUGCAGGUGGCCCCGGAGGUGGCACAGAUGUACUGGCAGCACCAGUACGAGACGUGCCUGACGAGGUGCUCGCACAGCUUCUGGAACCGACCCUGCCCCAAUCCGAACAGCUGCGAGCUGGGUCUGCGGGUGCGCACCUACCACGUGCUGUCCGGCCUGAUGCUCCCCAUUUGGGGCCGCAUCGAGAAGAUCAUUGAGCGGAACGGCCGCAAGAUACAGAUCAUACGCGUCAAGACGGAUGUCAACAAGAAGAUUGUGGGCACAGUGGUGCCGCCGUGUGUCUACAAUGAACUGGUCGCGGAUCUGUCAUCGGACUCCACUGUUUCCACAAAUUAAGGACUGGAAGAGAGCCGUAGACCUCUAUGAUUGAGUACCAUUUCGGUAUAGAUAUUGGAAGGUCAAAUAAAACACCAAUCGAGGCUAAGAGACGGCGGUCUCUGAAGUACAUAAGUUCCUCCUCCUCUUCUGGCACCCCAUUCUUCCUCCUUUAAGAGCGCGGUAAUCCCUUGUCCUUACUAUUGUCUAUCUGGCCAACUCAAUUGCCAUUCUCCGUGUGAUGCUGCUGCUGGCCACUUUAAAAAUAUCAACUCAAAUUGUGGCAUUCACUGGGAAUAAAUAU